GACCACGGCUUUGGACGUUAAGUUCAAAGAGCUUUGUUUCUUCCUGCAAAAUUUCUAAGAACAUAAAUUUACUGACAGGGUGAGAGCGUCAUUCUAAACCCUCUGGCAAUUAGCGGGAAGUGUCAAAAAUUGCGUAAACGGAAACGGUAAAGUAGUCAAGGACUGAAUAACAGGUGUUUGUGGUACAGAAGUAAUGAGAGAAAACAGCCACUUACAAACAAGCGAACUGUAGUUGGCUGCAAAGUUAAUGUACAUUUUGGGCUUAAAGACGUCCCCUAAAGACGACCAAAAUUUGAGCACCGGAGACUUUUCGCAACGAAGAUUGAGGAUUCCAUCUCAAGCAUAGCCCAAGUCAAAUUCAGACAUGUGUCAUGAUAAAUGUCAUUUCUUUGUAGCUGCCUUCGUCUGCACCAUUUACAUAACGUGUAUUGAUCAUGGUGUGGAAGGCGAUUGCGAACGUUCGGAUGAAUACAUCGAACCCCAAAAUUGCACAGGAAUUGAGAUCUCAACGCGUUCAGUAUGGACAGGAAUUCAGUGCUUGGACGAGUGUAUCCGCCUUCCACACUGCGACAAAUUCAUUUUUAACGGGGCAGAAAAGGAAAACUGUAAACUUUUGAGCACUGAUGGCAUACCCUCUGCUCCCGGUGUUCGAAACUUACGGAAUAUAUCCGGCGCAUGCUCACCAACGAGUAUGAACGUGAGUAAAUACUAGUUAGCAUCGAUUAUACUUUUAUUAUACUUACAAUUGUACAGUUUUAGCUUGUCGAAUCAAAGGCUAGGGGAAACGAGGAAGAGCAUUCUGGUAAGGCGGGGUGUUAGAGUACACUUUUAUCAAGCGCCAUGAUUCCGAGUUCAGUGUUUUUCCACUCAAUAUUUUAAAAGAGGAGACCCAAGCACUGCUAAAAACGCCAAAACUUUUGACCAAAAAAAAAAGGGUUGCAAAGAUAGACAAAAAAACAAGACUUCUUCCAAACCCUUUAAAGCGCCAUGAGGAGGAGAGAACCUGAGAGCGUGAGGUUGAAAAU